GGUCAUCUUUGAAUUCAGACCAGUAAUCGGGACUCAUAAUUCAUGGCUUCAAGCUUUCAUUAACCUUACUUAUUAUCUCCUCCUUUUCUAUGCUCCUCCAGUCCUCUUAGGCGAAGCCUCUCAUCACGACUUUCCUGAACGAAUAUGUUUGCUUGGAUGCUUCAGAGGGCCAGAGCGCUUGGAAACAAGUUUUUUCUCAACUUUGGUUUGCAUUGUGCAACCCAUCAAAUUCGUAUAAUUCUCAUCUCUGGAAUCGUCAUAACAUCGCUGUUCUACCCUGCUCUCGACCUUUACGCAGCUUCACCUACCCCAAUAUUCAACCCGUUUCCUUCAUUCCAUGCCCACCGAGACCUGCUCGAGCUUUGGUCAGCUCAUGAAACCUUAGUUGCACGCGAAGACCCCGUGUCUCGUGCACGAUGCGGAACUGGAGCCACCGUUCGUGUCGAACGUGUGCUUGUGCAAAGUCCGUUGUCAGAAGACGACGACGGUGCUCUCAACCAACGCAUUUUAAUGACCACGCUUGGCUUCGAAACACGCCUACAAAACUACUUAUCCACUCAGAACAUUCCUUGUUUGAAGCGCACCGACGGUCGAUGCCUCGUACUAAGUCCGCUGGCAUUUUGGGAUCACGACCAGUCUAAACUGCUUUCGGACAAUACCAUUCUAGAUACACUAAGCUUGACCAGAAAUGUUUCUCUGGAUGGGAUCCCUGUUACUCCUCAAAUGGUGCUAGCUGGCCGAGGCUCAUUAGAGCCCCAUGUCGGAGGCAACACCUUUGAUUUUGCAACCUUCCUCGCACUAACUUACUUCCUCAAGGAAUCUGAUUGCUUCGGAAACUCUGAUCACAUUGCUUGGGUGAAGGCGGUGCAGUCAACAGCCGGACAAGACGCUGAAUUGAUAUCACACUCAGAGGAGCCUACUUUAAUUGCUUUGGAGUAUGAUGCUACACGAUCGCGAAAGAAGGGUUGGUCAGCUAUAUCAGCUUUACCCUACGUGGCCUACAUCAGCUUCAUCGUUUACGUCUUUUGGUCCAUGCGCCAAUUGACCUCCGUUCAUUCUCGGGUUGGUCUGGCAUUCACCGCUCUUGUGGAAAUCAUCGUCAGUACUAUCACCAGUUUGAGCGUUUGCGCACUUGUCAAAUUCAAAGUGACUCUGGUCCCAUGGGAACUGUUACCUAUUGUCAUCGUAUUCGUGGGUGCCGAGAACAUGUUCAAUUUGGCAGACGCUAUCGGGAAGACCCCAGUCACGCUUUCUGUAAAGCAACGAGUAGCGGAAGGGCUCAGCCGAGCAGGCACCUCAAAUACUCUCAAGGUCGUCUCUUACAAUGCAAUUUUGGGAGUCAUAGCCGUCUUUUCCAGCGGGGCCAUCCGACAGUUCUGCAUCUUUGCAAUCGUCGUCUUGGUAGCUCAUUGGUUCCUGGCUCACACCUUCUUCAUCGCUGUGUUGUCCAUUGACCUCCAGCGACUUGAGCUCGAUGAACUUUUGCGGCAAGAUGCCGGGUUGUCUCCUUCACUUAAACGGACCGUCUCUGAAACUGUGCCGAUCAAAUCUGGCUCCGCGAUUUGGAAGUUUGGAGUUUUAAUUCGUAAAAUUUUGAGUGGCCGCGCGAAGAAGAAUCUGAGCUUAGUUCUGUUACUGGCGAUAACGGCUACACUUUACUACGCUACCAUGCCCCCCGAACAUAAUUCGGGAGCCGAUAACAACCUUUCAUCCUUACCCCGGGGCGCGUUGUCCAGGUAUGGUGCCUCCCAGACCACUAACAGCUCCCACUUCCCAGACCGUCAAAUCUGGAAAAUGCUCAAUCCAAAUGAUGGGCCUCUACAUCUUAGGGUGGAAUCACCCAGUAUCUUAACGUUCGGCCCUGAUGUCAACCAAUCUGGUAACGCGCAAAGUAAACGAAAGUCACGUUGUCGACCCACGAUAUGGUGGUUUAAAAUAAUAAUCUUACCGAUCGCUGCGACAACUUUCGUAUUAUGGGGAAUACUUCUAUACCUGCUGAAAGACGCCGAACGUUUAGAUGCUCAAAAGCACAGAGCAGAAGCAGAACCUGACCUUGAUUCGAAGGAGCAGCCGCCUACCUUGGAACAGAAACUUUCCUUCUCUACUCUUCCGAGAGCAUUCUCUAGCGACGUGGAACUCAUCGCUACGAGCAAUGAUGGUCGAGUCGUGAUAUCCAUCGGUUUACACAAUGAGGUGGCGAUAUGGCGUGCUGGAUCAGUCGAACAGUUUUCCAUUGACGCUUCCAAUGUUCUUCAGGCUAGCACUUCGCUGGCGACUUUGACCUUGACUGCAGUGUCAGUGGACCAGAAGGGAGAUUAUUGUGCUGUGGGCACCAGUUCGGGAGUCAUAGCCGUAUACAACAUACAAAAGAAAAAUGCCGUUCGAUCUUACUCUCAUCUCAAACUUCCGGAUUUCUCUGCAGGUGUUGUUGAUCUACAUCUCUUCUCUUCCCCGACCUCAUCGUCUUUCCCACCCCCGUUGCACCUUAUUGCCAUGUACGAGAACAACGCCGUUGUCAGGUAUACUCUAGACGGGUCGACAGCUCCUGUCAAUUUAUGUCCUGUCUCUACAUCCACACACGUUCUCUACUCGAAACUCUUGCCUUCGGUCUCGGAUGGAGGAGUCUUGGUGGCGUUUUGCCUGGAUAAUGGUGUUGUUGAACUUGUCGAAUCUGGCAAUGGUGGUCUUCCCCUCAUAAAGGACAAUUUUUCGAUCCAAGCUGGCCAUCCUAUGGAUGCCGUUAAUAACCUACAUCUAUGUCACACAGCGAUUGGGGGUGAAACGCGUGUCGUCAUAGCCACUGCCACAGAAAAGGGUGUCGUAUGUCUGUGGGAUGGACAGAAUGGGGAGUGCAUACAGAUGUUGGAUGACGUCUUUGGGAGGGUAAAUCAACUCCGAGUCUUCCCUUUGCGGCCAGAGACGUGUCGUUUCUGCGGGAAUCUUCCUCCGGAAGGUGUAUGCCUUAGCUUUUCGGUCAAUCAUGUCGUUCGAUUCUGCAAGGUUUAUAGGCAUGAUGAUACGCGUCGUUGUUCAUGCACUAUGACUAGUUCCCCUGCGAAGAAGAUGCAGAACAGUUUUGGUAAGACAUCGCGGAGGAAUAGCGUCACUUCAGUAGGAACCUCUUCACCUUUAAGGCCGAGAAGUAGGGGACCGUCGACGUCGGAUGUGUCGCCAUUUCCAGUGUCUGGACAUGGCAUUCACUCCAGGAGAACCUCGGAGAAGGCUGAUGCGAGCAGGAGGGCUUCUGAGGGUGCCAUAUCACCGUUAGAAUCCGAGGAGAGAGAGCUGAGGAAUCCUUUCGGUCUGCCUGAACCCAACGGGAAAGCAGGACCUUCUUUUUGGCAGCGAACCCAUGCUGUUUGUACUGCUGAUACUGAUUGUGAACGCGGAGGCUGGGAUAUCCACGAAGGGAAAGUUGUAGGGGUGAGAAGAAGACCUCGACUUGUAACGCAAACAAAUGGAUCCAUCGUAAUCGGACCUUCUGUUUCGUUGGAGGGGCUUUCACGGGCAGUACUGAGUCGCUGGGAAAUAUGGACAUUUGAUCCUUGUUCAUACGAGCUUCAGAGUUCUGUUAUCUCUGCUCUGGCGACGGACGUCGAUCAAGAAGUGUCCUCGUCAAAUCAUACCACUUCUACAUCUUCUUCUCCCUCUCCCAUCCCGCGUCUUCCGUUCACCCGUGUAUCACCUUUCAUCGUCACUCGGUCAACUUGUAUAGCUGGUUUUGGUAAUACUUUGGGGGUGUUCAGGUUUGUUUCGCAGUGAAUUUUGACGGCUUACUCACUCUGCUUUGUGUAUCGAUCUCAAGAGAACUAACUGUAUUUUACAACUUAUAGUCAUAGAUAAUAUAUUUCGAGUCUCAUUCGGGAUCCAUACGUAGUUCACGCUAUAUUUUUAUAUUCUGC